GAACACUUCUUGCUGGAAGGAAGCAGUGCUCCGGAUCAAACUGAAUCUGCCAAACAGACUCACGAUGGUUCUAGAAGACAUUUGCACAAGUCUUGUCCUGUGGUUCUUCGCUUUGAUGCCAUGUUUGCUCACAGAUGGAGUGGCCAUUCUGCCUGCCCCUUCAAACCUCUCAGUACACUCAACCAACAUGAAGCAUCUCUUGGUGUGGAGCCCAGUGGCCUUGCCUGGCGAGACGGUGUACUAUUCUGUCCAGUUCCAGGGGGAGUACGAGAGCCUGUACAAGAGCCACAUGUGGAUCCCCAGCAGCUGGUGCUCGCUCACCGAAAGGCCUCAGUGUGACAUCAGCGACGACAUCACUGCCACAGUGCCGUACAACCUCCGUGUCAGGGCCGCUCUGGGCUCACGGACCUCAGCCUGGAGCACCCUGAAGCAGCCCUUCAAUCGAAACUCAACGGUCCUCACGCCCCCUGUGGUGGAGAUCUCCAAGGAUGGCUUUCACCUGGUGAUCGAACUGGAAGACCUGGGGCCGCACUUUGAGUUCCUCGUGGCCUACUGGAGGAGGGAGCCUGGUGCCAAGGAACACCUUGAAGUGCUCAGGAGUGAGGGCGUCCCGGUGCACCUGGCCACCAUGGAGCCUGGGGCCGCAUACUGUGUGAAGGCGCAGACAUUUGUGAAGGCCAUCCAGAGGCGCAGCGCCUUCAGCCCGCCAGAAUGUGUCGAGGCGCGAGGAGAGGCUCUCCCGCUGGCGCUGGCCCUGUUUGCGUUCGUGGGCUUCAUGCUGAUCCUUGUGGUGGUGCUGCUGUCCGUCUGGAAAAUGGGCCAGCUGCUCCAGUACUCCUGCUGCCCUGCGGUGGUCCUGCCGGACACCUUGCGAAUGUGGGUAGCAAUGGGAAAGGAAGCCCAUGGUGAUAAUUCUUCCAUGAACCAUUGUGUGUAUGGCCUCGAGCUCUCCAUAGACGGUGGAGUUUCUGGGCUCCGACACCUCCGAAGCCAGAGCAUGCAGGACAGUGAAUUCAACGGCGAGAGGAGGUGGGGCUGUGGCAGCCGUGUUCCAUCUGAGACGCCAGCUGCUUCUCCGCUCCCACAGGGAGCUGCCAAGAGGGAUCAUGAGCUGAAGAUAACCAGUUCACCCCAGAAGUUGAUCACGUGCAGAAGGGACGAUGAGGACGCCUGUGCCACGGCUGUGCUGUCUUCUGAGGAGCUCUUCAGGAGCUGCUACGAUGCAGAAGGAAAAAUAAAAGGGGUCGCCCUAGGCCGUCUGUUUGGUUCCUACCAAAAGUGGUCUUCAGAGUUCUAG